AUGUCAGAUCCGUUUUUAGAACGUGAAAAAGAAUUGAUGAAAUUAAAUGAAUCGCUGAAUAGUAAAAUGUCAUUUGAUCUGAAAACACCAAAAGCGAUUAGUUUGAAAUCAAAUAAUAACAAAGCGAAAAAAUUCAUCGCAAAUAAAGCGGCGACACUUCGCAGCGUUGAUGUCAAUCAACAGCAACAACAACCAUCGAAAAAUGGAACAAAAGAAGCAAAUAAAUUAAAAAAUGACAGCUGUGAUGUCAAAAAAUCAGUUUCGAACACCUACUCGACCGAAAAAUUAUUGUGUGAAAAACCUGAACUUGAUCCGAAGGACACCGCCUUUAAUCGAAACAAUAACACAAAUAUUGAUGACGUGCAAAAAUCAUGCAACGAACCAAUGAAACAAACGACCGCCGACAAUAAUAAAUAUGAAAUUGAUGAUCAAACCGUUAACAGCGAUAAAUUGUGUGAUACAUUGAUUGAAACAAUUGAAAAGGCAAUUGAUACAAAACCAUCGACAAACGCCACACAAUUAAGUUUGAUUCCGGCAAAUAUUUUUCGAAAAAAUGCCAGCGCCGAAGGGAUUAUUAAAUUUCUCAAAGCAAAAGUAACAAUAUUACAGCAAGAACUAGACUUGAGUCAUCAGGAGAAUACCAAAAAUUUGGAUAAUUUGGCAAAAGCCAUUGAACUGCAAAAGAAAACCGAGGCGUCGCGAUGUCAUGCAAACAAUACAAUCAACGCGUUGAAUGCGCAAAUUCAAAAAUUGCAACAAAACGAGAUGAACAUUACGCUAAAGUUGAAGGAAAAUGACUCAAUACAACAGUCGCAUCGAAAAGAGUGUGACGACCUGAAAUCAAAAUUAAAGAUGGCACACCAGGCGAAUGCUUCACUUGAACUACGACUGAGCAAAAGUCUCGACGAUUUGGAGUGUUUGCGUAAAAAUUAUCGUGUUAUUAAAAAUGGCGAAAAAGAUUUGCAAUCGUCAUUGCAACACGAACGCACAUUCUAUGAGAAUCAAUUGAAAAUCAAUCAAAAGCAACGCAACGAUCUCAUUGCCGCACUCAAAAAGCAUAUGUUACUCAUUGGCAAUUUGAAGCAACAAAAUGUCUGCCUUACCCAAGCAAAAUGCAUUCAAAUGUCGGAGAGUGAAUUUCUUAAAAUUUUGGACUGGAAUAACUCAGACGCCAAUAAAUAA